AUGCAUAUCUUUAGAAAUUUGUAUUUCCUUGGGCUUCUUGUUCCUCUCGUUUCGUCUAUUCCAAUCGACCAGUCCCAGACGCAGGCGUCCAACAAGGUUGAGAGAGACUACAUUAUAGUCUUAAAAAACAAUAUUAGCAAAAGAGAAUUACUCUCCCAUACAGUGUGGGCCAGAGAAAUAAACGCUAAAUUUCUCAGAAAGAGGCAGGAUUCAGGGUUGGUGCAGGGAAUAGAACCAGCCGGUGUCAAGAAGGUCUUCGAUAUCCACAAAUUCAAAGCAUAUUCGGGAACUUUUGAUUCAGAAACUCUGAAUGAGAUUAAUAAACACAAACAAGUUGAUUAUAUAGAAAAAGCCAGCCCGAUAUUUUUGAAUGAGUUCAAAACCGAUCUGACCGAUGAAUGGGGUCUCUCAGGCAUCUCCCAUAAGGUCCCGCAGUUUCCCACCGAACUCAACGGAACCUACCGUUAUGACGAUAGUGCAGGUGAAGGGAUGUUUGCCUAUGUUAUAGAUAGCGGCGUAAAUAUUGCACAUAAGGAUUUCGAGGGAAGGGCAGAAAUUGGGUACGACGCUUUACAUCCGGAUUCGAAGACACAUAACGACACGCAUGGCCAUGGCACACAUACCGCGGGAACCAUUGCCAGCAAAACCUACGGUGUUGCAAAAAAGGCUAGAGUGAUUAGUGUCAAGGUUAUUGAUAGAGUAGAAUAUAAGCGUAAUACAUCCGCUGAUUUGUUGGAUGGAAUCAAUUGGGCAGCGAACGAUAUUGUAAAGAAGAAUCGCCAGAAUUUUGCGGUUAUCAAUCUGAGCAUGGCGAUAUCGUAUAGUAGAGCAAUUAAUGAUGCUAUUGAUAACGCCUAUAAAUUGGGGGUUCUGUCUAUUGUUGCUGCUGGAAACAAUAAUAUGAAUGUUAAAGAAGAAAAUUCGAGCCCUACUAUGGCCUCCAAAGCAUUCGUUGUCGGUGCUAUCGGUGCCAACAAUCGUAGAUGGAUUGAUAACGAUAGGAUUGGCUCUAACUACGGCGACAUGGUUGAUAUUAUGGCUCCUGGAGAAAAUAUAAUGUCCCUUGGAAUUGGGAAUAAUAUCGAUGCUACGAGCCUCAAAUCGGGGACAUCAAUGGCUGCGCCGCACGUCGCAGGACUGGCUUGCUACUUGAGAAGAUUGGAGGGAUUGAAAAGCCCAGAGGAGGUAACUUCCAGGCUUCUCCAACUUGCACAGAAGGAUGUGCUAGACGGUGCAUCGCUGAAAGGCAGUCCGAAUUUAUUAGCAUAUAACGGUAAUGGUUUAUAA